GACAUAUCGAGAUAUCGAAACAUAUUACAUGACUUCUAGCUGUGUAACACGUGUGAGUUAAGAGUAAAUUAUUAAAAAUUUUUUAAAAGAAUUUGUUAUUUUUUAUCAACGGUAAUUACAUUCAUUAAAUCAUGUCGACUAUACUUGAUAGUUCUUCUUUCGAUGAUGACAUUAAAUCAAAGAAAGAUGAUAACGAAUUACGAGAAUUCUUAACGAUUCAAGAAGAAACGGCACGGUUUAAUGCACAGAUCCACGAAUUUAAUGAAUUAUGUUGGGAUAAAUGUGUUGAUAAACCAGGAAAUAAAUUGGAUAGUCGGACAGAAACGUGUUUACAUAAUUGUGUGGAUAGAUUCAUUGAUGUUUCAUUACUUAUUACUUCCCGUUUUGCUCAAUUGUUACAGAAAUCAGGAGGAAUAUAGAAUGUAUAUUAUUCGUACAUAUUUAUAUUUAUAUAUAAAUUCAAAUAAUAAGGUCACUUAAUUUAUAUGCAAUUGUAUUUUGGAUAUACAAUACAUAUUUCAACAACUAUGUUUAUGCAAAAUUUUUCAUUGAUAUAUAUGUAGGAUUCCGUUAUUAUUAGGUUAUUAAAAUUAUUACCAAAAAACAAGGACAAUUUAUGGUAGUAAUAUAUAUAUAUAACUUGAAUAGUAAGGACAUAUUAUAUUGCAUAAAUUAAUGCAAUAUACCUUAUACAACAUGACAUGAAUUUGUUUCAAAUAUAGAGAUGUAAUAUUUAGAAAUAAUUAAAAAAAUAGAACUUAGUGGCAUAUAAAACUUUUUGUUAUAUUACAAUGUUUAUAUUACAAUAAAUGCAGAUUGUGCAAUUAACAUAU